AUUGAAAAAAAUAAGGUCCGUAAUGUGGGUGUAAGAAGGGAGUGGAUAUAACGCCACUUAGCAGAAUGAAAAAACAUAACUGGGAGUUAUAUAUACAAGCUAUAAACAAUCGCACUUUUAAACUGAAUCCAUAGAACGCCUAGUCAACAGUUCCUCUCCGAUUCUCAGGACCCAAGAUGCGAUGCGAUGUUAUAAUUAUCACAGUGUUGGUUGUGGUUAUGCUAGUAUCUACUGAGGCAAUACCUUGGAAAAACAGAAGAAAGGCAAAAGCCUUUUGGAGAAAAUUUCUUUGCACAAAAAGGUUCAACUGGCCAUGGAUCAGAGACGAGUCUGCGUACAAGGUGGAUAGAAUUGCUCAAAUGAGAAAUCUUAUUGGAUCUUGCAAAGCCGAUGUUGGGACGUGUCCUGUCGGCUCCUGUUCAACUAGACCGCAUUUACAGAUAUUUAACUGUCCUGAUGACGGGUAUAUCUGCCCUGAGACAGAGAUUCGAACUGCAGACUGUGGAACGUAUGGUGUCAGGGAAUACAAACACGUAACGCAGUGUAAAUGCUGCACUGAUAAUGGCAUCAACAUUACGGGGACAGUCGUAGACUCAACCACAGAGAAACCAUUGAGUUACAUGAAGAUAAAAAUUUCAAACGGACCUCGGACCGACACUGACCUUGAAGGAGUAUUUAAUACAACAAUCCGUUCCACUUUACAAUCUGUUGUCAUAAGAGUUAUUGACAGGAGAAAAGAAUACAUAGAGGCAGUAAAAAUCGUAGACAUACCAGAAGGAUUUCGCGGCCCAGUGAAUGUUAAGCUGGUGAUGAUAAAGAAAUCAACGCCAGUACAGAUUGACGCAACCGUCGAAGAAACUUUGUCUCUGUCAGAUGAUCCAACUAAUCAAUCUGCCGGAAACGCUUUUAUUGUCAUCGACCCAAAUUCUUUUACGGACAGAAAUGGAAAUCAAUACAAUGGAAUUGUUAGUGCAAGUGUGACUUUUAUAGACUCUAACAAAGAUUCCGAAACAGUAAUUCCAGGUCGUUUCCUGACUCCCGUGGGAGAGAGUCUUGAAAAUUUGAUAUCUGACGGAAUAGUGUCCUUUGAUUUUAAGGACAUUAAUGGGAAUAAUUUGAACGUAAAGCCUAUAAAAUUUAACGUAAGAGAAAAUAUGAGACUUUGGGAUCUUGACAGAAACACAGGAUUGUGGGAGCCCUCUAAAGUGUUUCCUAACAGACGUAAACGACAAGUUACUCUAACUGAAGAAUUCCUGAUCAAAGUUUCAAACGGAAGAUGGUACAACAUCGAUAAAAUACCAAAAGCUCCAAGAUGCUACAUCAAAGUUAGGAUCUUUAACGAAAUCAGUCAUGAAGAAAUAAUAGAAAGCGUUACAUCCUCAUUCAAACCGGAAAUAAUUGCAUAUACAGCACAAAACCGACGACUGAGAUUGUAUGCCGGAUUUACAAGAUCACCAAGCAAAACUUGCUACGAGGUACGAUGUCCAGCAGUAAGUAAUACAGACAAAGCGUUAGCAGGAUUCAUAAACAUGACUUCUUCUGAAACUGUUUCUAUUGGUGGAUUUUAUUUACCUUCUGUAUAUAACCUAAAACCAAAACCUAUUGACCAGUAUAGUGAUGUCAUUAGAACAGAACUUCAAAGAGUACAAUACACGAUCGCUCCCAAUGGCAUGGACAUUUUCUUGAAUUUCAUUUCUGGGGAAAAUGGCAUUUUCUUUACAAACAGAGAAAAAUGUGAGAGUGCAACAGCAGAUCAACCUGCUUUACAUUUCUUAAAACCAGAGCCACCGAGCUAUGAGCCUGAUGAAACAGAAAUCUGCACGGCUAGAAUAGCAUUCAAAGACAGUUGGAACUUUUAUAACUACACAUUAGAACUUGACAGGUUACCAACUGUUAUUGGGAUCAGUGUCUGGAAAAAAGAAACUCAAAGUUUCUAUCACAAUGCUACCACAACACUAGAGCUAUCACGUGUGGAGGGUGAGGAUUUUGUUUUCGCUUGCAUGGAAUAUCGUUGUAGUCAAGAUAGCAAAGAUGAUUCUCUUUCAGAAACGACAGUAUAUGUUGAUAUAGAUAUUCCUAACAUUACAUACAGCUAUAAUGACUCACUUUGGAACGGCACUAUCGUGAGCAGGAACCACUCUGUACCAGCAUUCUACUGCUACGGAAGAUGCACAGGACCAUUAUGCCAUAAACAGCUGGAAAACCUAAAUGGUAUAUCAAUCGAUGGCUCUUUCACCGCUCCAUAUAUAACAAACUCUGGUCCAGACUUCUUCGACUCAGAACCGAAUACUUGCAAGGAUAAACUUGGCUCUGAAUCUUUCGCUUACGAGUUCCGAUGUCAUAGCAAUGAAGAAAAUGUUCAUGAACGGGGCGAAGGUGAAACAUGGCAACCAAUGUAAUCCUGUAACGAAUUUAACGUCUUUUAAUAUUUAGUCUUAAACCUCUCAGGUGCAUUCAUUUUUCUAUGUAUUAGAUAACAAAUUAUAUCUGUUUGAAGCACUGGUCGUGUCAAAUAUAAAAUUUCAACGUACUUAGGGGUAAGAACUUGGUUCAAAUAACAUAAAUAUAUUCUAGCAAAGUUUUUUUCAAUCAUUUUUUCAGUUCAGUAAGUCUGCUAGUAUUAUUUCAUUGUACUCAAUCUAUGCUCACUAGUUUUAUUUCAUUGAGCUCAAUUUAAGUUUGCUUGUAUUUUUUUCUAUUUUCUCGUUGGUCCUUGUAUAAUAUUGAUUAUCCUCUUUUUCCACAAUUGCUUUCAUAUAUUUAUAAUACCAUUUCAGCAAUACAAGCAACAGAAUUUUUCAAUUUCCUUAUAGCUUUAUUUCCACACGUUCUGUGAUUUUCUUUUUUAAUUUUAUAUUAUCAAAAUUAUACUUUUAUCUUUUUCUUAUGUUUUGUUUAGAUUUAUGAAAAAAUGUAAGUAAUUUGGUCAAUUAUGUUACAGUGGUGCAGUGGUUCGUUGUGAACAGAACCUAAAUUUGUUUUCCAUGUAUUGUGCAUUUUCAUGUGGAAAGUGUGCCUUUAUCUCAGGAAAUGAGCUUAUAAAAUGCACCUUUUUUGGUGUCGAAGACCACCACUUACUAACAUUUCAAUAGGGACUUCUUUCUGUUCAAUUUGGAAUACAACUUAUAUGAAAAGAAGGCACAGGAAAAGUUCUAUUCCAAAAAACUGAUCAAAUCAUCAAUAAAGUGGAAGUAAUUUGUAUGAAAUAGAUAAAAAGGACUAUGUUACUUAUAGCUGUUAUUAUCCUAAUGUUUUGAAGUGUUAUUAUACCGAUUAAAUAUAUGUUUUCUAAAGGAGCUUUCAGUGUAAAUAACGGUGUAGGUGCCCAGAAAAGUAAUAAUAAAUAUAGAACUUAGAUUUUCAUUUUUGAGAAUUUUCAGUUAGAAUGGAAGUUUUAAUCGUACUCCUUUUAUAGUUAGAAUUUAUCGCAAAAUUCCACGUUUUAAGUAAGUCUGUAAAGAUCGAAACCCAAAGGAAGGUCAAAACCAAUUUAGAACGGAAAAUUAAAUCUGAUUCUAAAUACAAGUCCAGUUAUACAUAAAGCUCGACAUUCUAUAUAUUGAAACGUGUCACUGGGGACUGAGAUAUAACGAUACAUUCACUUUUUGCGGGCUAUAAUGCUACCUUUUACUGGGACAGGAUUUUUAAAAAAAUGACAGAAAAAAUAUGUCAUUAUCAUAAAUGGGUCUUCAUAAAUAUUUUAAAAUUAAACCAGUCGUUAAUGUUAUCAUUUCUGAUCAGGAUCGCGAGUCUAUUCACUGUUCACAUAUGAUAGAGUUCUGCAAUGUUAAAUCUUUAAUAUUUUAUUUAAUUAACUUAAUCGUUCUAGUAACACAAUGGUGGCUAUAUUCAACAGCUGAAGUAAUGUUGAAAACGCUGCUUUUCCAGUUUUUAAUUCGUAUUAUAAUAAAAAUUACUUUGAUGUUUUUAAGCCGGACAAAAGGGGUCGAAAAUUUCCAAUAUUUUAAAGUUCAAAACCUUUUCUUUACACCUGUCUGUUUAUAUAAACACAAUUACUAUUCUGGGAGUGAUUUAAGGAUAUUUUGCAGAGCAUAUUAAGGUUCUGCAUAGCUUAAUAAUUUAUGAUUUACAUGACUCGAUAAACGUAAUAAAUAAAUAAAUAUGCAUGUGAAUUGAUAAAAACUAAAUGUAAACACAUCGAAGAAUAAACAAUAAUAACAAUAUAUCCACUUAUA